UGGAGUACUUGAUCAAGUUUCUAUCUUCCAUUCAGUUUACCUAACACUAUGAUUAUGUACAAAAUUAAUAAGAUCCUAAUAGUUACGAUUAUUCUGGAACAUCAACUCGAUUUUCAUGACCCAACCAAGAAGAUUUUGAGUCAUCAACAAGAAGAACCUGAGUCAAGUGAUCCGUCAAACUUGGUGGUUAAAUUUUACUGUGGUGAUGCCAGGAGGCAUGGGUCUUCCUCAGGAAAAUGCGAAGCCUAGAAAUGAGUCUAUUUCAAAUUGACUGAAAAAUUUGGAGCAAGAGGCUUGGUGAGAAGCCGAGGGUUCGGAAACAACCACUCUAUCUACAUGAGGUGGUGAUAAAAUCUGCAUACAUUUUACCCUCCUCAUACCUCACUUGUGGGAUUUUACUUGUAUUCCGAAACAAAUCCAAAAAUAAGAAUAAAAAAGAUCUUCACCAAUAUCUCUCUCUACUAAUACUAAUUCGUCAGCGGCACUCGAACACAAUUAUAGCAUCUCUCUAUUUUUGUAAUUUGAUGAAUAAUUGGAGUUAAUCACAAGAUUAAUUUGGAUGUUUCUGGAACAUAAUGGAAUAUGGAAAGAGUUCUUCAGCGGCUUCGAGGAGAAUAUAGAAGUGAAACAGUACCCGACCCGAAUACGUUUCAGCCGCUUUGCACGGUCAAUGAUGGAAACUCCAAAGUCAAAGGUACUCCAAAUCAGGGCUCCACCAAAUCACAAUUGUACGAGAUUUGUGCAGUCAAUCAUUGGAAAGCACCAUUAUUUGAAUGUUGCAAUGAGGAAGGUCCAGAUCACCAUAAGUUGUUCACCUUCAAGGUAAUUGUGGAAAUAAGAGGAUCUCGAAAAGUAAUUAUAGAGUGUAUGGGCAAUCCACAUUCAAAGAAGAAAGCUGCAGCAGAGAAUGCAGCUGAAGGAGCAUUGUGGUUUCUAAACCAAGCUGGUUAUAAAUUAAAGCACUGAAUUAACUUGUUACUUAAUUUUAUUAACAGAAACAGAAAGAAUAUAAUCUUAAUACUAUGUGACUUAAGUUUAUGAAGGUGUUUUUUUCAA